ACGUGGUUGUGCAGUGAUCAUGGCAGCGGUGUGCUGUGCUGGAGACUGGCUGCUGACAUGCAGUUCUCAGUAUUUAGUAGCAGUGAACAUCAGGCAAAGCAGGGAACCGUUCGUGUUUGAUUGUUCCAAAGCAGAGCAGAAACCAACGGAAACUGAGGCUGAAAAUAAAAGUGAUGGUGGGGGUUCUGAGGAAAAGGGAAGUGACCGGAUCCUUGCCUGCACCAUCUCAACAUCAGGAAACUACGCUGCCCUGACAGACGACAACAAACGGCUCAUUCUGUUCCGCACGCAACCAUCCUGGCAGUGCAUCAGCACACGGUGGGUGGUGAGAAGAUGUACUUCGCUGAUGUUCAGUCAGGCAGAGGAUGAGCUGUUUGUGGCUGAUAAGUCUGGUGAUGUCUAUUCAUUUUCUGUUCUGGAGCCGCAGAAGCAAGGCGAGCUGAAGCUGGGGCAUCUCUCUAUGCUGCUGGCCAUAACUCUGUCUCCUGACGAUAAAUACAUCAUCACAGCAGACAGAGAUGAGAAGAUCAGAGUGAGCCUUCGCCAAUCUCCUUACAAUAUUCAGGCUUUCUGUUUGGGACACACAGAGUUUGUCAGCACAUUGUUUGUUCCAACUGGGCAUCCUGAAUGGCUCUUGUCUGGCUCAGGGGAUGGCACAUUAAAGCUUUGGCAUUACGAGACUGGCCGGCGGUUACAGAGCAUUAACAUGAAGCAGCUCGGCUUUUCUCAGAGCUCUGAAACAGAUGCUGAAAAGCCUCAAAGGUUUGCUGUGAGUCGAAUCAUCAGCUCACCAAAUGGACGUCAUGUGGCUGUGCAGUGUGAGAGAUUUCCCUCUAUUCAGCUGUUUGAGGUGAAGGACGGUUCAGAAGAGCUUUUGAUCCCCACAGAGAAGCUUACUCUGCCUCACGCUCCCUGGGACAUGGCCUUUGACUCUGAAGGUCGACUUUGGGUCUUGCUGCAGAACAAGGAUGUAACUGUGCUCCUGUACACAUACUCGCAGGACUGCUGGAAGCAGAUUGAUUCAGAAAGUGCAGAUCUUCAGAGAGUAGAAGAAGCACUGAGCACCCAGUGGGACUUCUUUAAAGACUCAGUCGGGGUAGAGAGUCGCUUCCAGCACCUCUACAAGGUGAACUUUGACAACAUGGCCUCAUAUUUGCAGAAGAAACAGGAGAGACUGCAGCAGCAGGAUCAGAAAGAGGGCAAGAAGAGGACAGGAGGAAAUGGCUCUCAGUCCAACGGGGCAGCAAAAAAGAGCAAGAAUGAGAGAAAGAGGGAAGCAGUGCCUUCAAACUGCAGCUGAGAUUUAGAACCCAGGAGAGACUGAAAAUGAUGUGUUUAGAAUUUAUUUAAUGGUGGACAUUCCAGCAGUAGGUUGCUUGGUUGACAAAAGUGCAACUCAGUUCUGCGUCCCUGCAUUGACAUUCAAAUGUGGAUUAUUUUUACAAAUGCAGAAAUAUGAUAUGGAUUUUUAAAAUAAAUGUUUUUGUUUCAAGCAAUA